CCAACACAACCACCGUCUAAGGCAACCAUUACCACCUCUGCCUGCGCCUGAAACUGCCGUUAUCUCCUUCGCCAUGGGUGCCACCGAGCAUGCGGUGGAUAGAGAAAAUCAGGAGAGAGAAGAGUUAGAGAAUAUUGAAAAGAAAGAAGGAGAAGAGGAGGAGGAGGAGGAGGAGGAGCGAGAAGAAGAAGGAGAUGUGGAGAAAGGAAAAGUUGGUGGUUUUGUGGAAGAGAAGGUCAUAGAGGAAAAAGAUAAAGAAAGAGACCAUUUUCAUGCAUCGAUGUUGCAGAGACUGAACCCGACGAAUCCUUUGAGGAUUGCCAUCAAUGGCGGCACAAGGGUCACCACUCCUUUUCACCAUCCUCCUCCCCCUCCCCAGCAUUCACAGCCUCGUUCUACACCUGCACCAACUCCACAGCAAUCACUGGCAACAUUGAAUUCAAGAAAAUAUACCAACAAAAUAUCUCUGUUUCUAUUCAUGGUGCAUAUGGUUGUGGCUGUUGGGCUAGUAUGUUUUCUCAUAUUCAAGGGGAUUCAGGGGCUAAUAGGAGUGUUAGAGUCUGUAAAGGAGAAGGAGAAAAGGGUUAUAAGAUUUUUGUUGCCACAAGUUGAAGCUGCAUCUCUUUUGAGCAUUUCUCUUGCAUUUAUCUGGCAGAAGGCAGUGAGACAAUGGCCUCAUUUCAUGGUUCAUUUCAUACUUUGGAGCACUUUCAUAAUGUCUUUGUCAGCUGGAAUUCUCCUGAUUUGCUUCCAAAAGCCUGCCACAGAUGGUGUUGGAAUUUGCUUCAUUGCCUUUGCAAUUGGUAAUGGCUUGUAUGCUUGUUGGGUCAGCCCAAGAAUUGGGUUUUGUGCCAAGGUUUUUAUCAAAUCAAUGGAACCUGCUUCCAAGUUUCCAGAUUUAAACCACCCCACUUAUAUGAUGCUUGGGGCUGGAUUCAUUUGGAUGUCUAUGUGGAUUUUGGCUGUGGUUGGAGCCUUAAAUUUCUACUUUCCACCAUUGAUCAUAAUUGCAUUGGUCUUGAGCCUGGCUUGGACAGCUGAAGUCAUGAGAAAUGUUGCUAAUAUGACAGUUAGUAGAGUAAUUUCUUUGUAUUAUCUCAGAGGAAUGCAGUGCAAUACUAAGUUUUGCUUCCAGAGAGCCUUGACCAGAAACCUUGGAAGCGCCUGUCUUGGAUCCUUAUUUGUACCAACAAUCGAAGCCAUGAGAAUUGUAGCCCGGGGUUUGAAUUUGCUUGAAGGAGAAGAUGAAUUCAUGUUUUCUUGUGCACACUGCUGCCUCAGAGUCAUGGAGUCCAUCUUCAGAUAUGGAAAUGGCUGGGCAUUUGUACAGAUAGCUGCCUAUGGAAAAGGUUUUGUUAGGGCAUCACAGGACACUUGGGCCCUAUUUGAGAGAGAAGAAAUGGAACCCAUUGUUGAUUCAGACAUAACAAGCUCAAUCUGCUUCCUCACCGGAGUUUGCAGUGGCUCCGUGUGUGUCAUCAUGGCUGCUGCCUGGACAGCUAAAGUGUACCAACCCUUCACCACCACCAUCUCUCUCCUUACUUUCAUCAUUGGAUACCUCAUGACAAGGAUUGCCAUGGCAUUGCCUCAUGCUUGCGUGAGUUGUUACUACGUCUGCUACGCAGAGAACCCGGAGAACAGACUGUUUGACAGAACAAUAAAGGACCGUCUCAGCCUGAUAAAAUCCGGCCGUGACAUCCUUGUCCCUACACCUCGGGUUCCCGUUCCCCGGAGGUUCUCAGCGACAUAGAAUGUAAGUGAAGGUUAGAAUUUCACUUUUCCAGCAGGCAUAGGGAAUUACUCUAGGGCCAUAUAUUCUUCAGAUACGUACCCGCAUAAUUGGUCAUUUUCACUGGGGACAGAGGACUCAAUCGGCAUCAAGGUAAAAAUUAUAUACCAUUAGUGCAUACGAAAUCUCAAUCAUUAUUGUGUGGUUUUUUGAUUGUGGAAGGAAUGUGGAGAGCCAAAUGAGGCACCAUUUUCACAAGGCUACAAAUAACAAAAGUAGCUUUUGAAGUCCUCUGUUUUGUACCAUAGUUAACAAUUUGCAUAUACUUUUGGGAUAUUCCAUAUUGUAAAGGACACCUAUUUCUUUAUAACUUUAAUCCUUGAACCCACCAAUCAUUGUAUAAAAUUAUUGUACCUCU